GGCUGAAGAAUCUGACAAACAAAAAGAAGUUUCUGGGGAAGAGUUAAACUCAUUGACGCAGGAUACACUGGAAAUGGGAAAUAUGUGAAGAAAGAACAGAACAUCGAAAUGUCGUAUACGAGUUUUUAAACCUUACAUAAAACGUCUCUUUUGACGUUGAGAAAAUUCAAACACGCUGUAAUGGCCGAAGCCGUACUGGGCGAGCACUCAGAUGAUGAAACCUGGAAAAAUACUCAACGUUUUCGCGAACUGUUCCAUGGACGCUUCUCCGACGAACAAGCGGAUACAAUCGUGAAUCAUUUCAACGGAGACGUUGUGAAAGCUGUUGAUUUUGGGUUUACGGCAACACAGGUAGAAGUUGAAGAAGUACUUGGAAACGGUGAGGGGUGGCAGAUUGUUACAAACGUACGCCAGCAUCAGCUCGUGAAAGACCUCAACCGUAGAUUCGAAAUCUCAUCAGAAAUACGCCAGUUCAGUUGUGAGCCAUGUAGCAGUGCGUGGUGGAAAAAGGUGUCCGCGAGGAAACCGGUUUCGAAGUGCACAAGAUGUAAAAAGCGAAAGGAUGCGUUACCACGCGAAAAGGAGUGGGGGUUGGCAAAGUUUAUUUGUCCUUGUGGUCACGAAUAUCAUCACUUUGGGGCGAUGGACGUGAGGAAGUUAAGAAACUGGAAUGGUUCGAGACUUUUCGGGAAAAGCAGAAGCGUGUGUUUCCAGUGCAUGCAAAAUCUGGUGGAACCAGUGGAGAUUCUACCACCGCGUAAAUGGCGAGACGUUGACACCACCGAGUCUAUACCCGACCGUCCUAGGCGAAGACGUGUUCAACCAAAGGACACGCAUUGCUCUGCCUAUAAUUGUUACCUUAGAUACAUUCCAGCAGAAACCGAGCCGGUCGUCCCUGCUUGUGUUCACCCUGAAUCCCUCGCACAGAUGUCGAUAUACGUACUUGUAGAUUCAGCGAAUCACAUCAGUUCCGGAUCCACUGUCGACACGUUCAUGUCCCAGGGUGAUCUGAAUACUGAUCCGAACCCGUAUGCACCCAGAUUGAGCCCUACAGCUGAAGAAAAUGAUGAGGAAAUUUGAAAUUAAGACCGAUAGUUAGUUUCUAAUCUUAGUUUGAAAAAUUAAAUGUUAGUUAGCGAUUUCUUCUGUUAUACUGUGAUUGUGUGCUUAUUAUUUCAAAACAUUUGUCCGAUUUUACCUGCGAUAUGUUAAUAUGAUUUUAUUUUCCUGUUGUUAAAUAAAUAUUUUCUGUGUG